AUGAAAAAAAAGUACACGGGAAUGGUCUUUACAAAAGACCCUGCGAUGUCCGCAAGAACACAGGAAGAAAGAGAGGUCAUGGCGCACCUGGAUAGAAAAGUGCACAACAACGAUUUAGAAGAUGAUUUUUUCACUCUUGGUGAGGGCCUUCGCGAGGAAAUGAGCGAAGACUCAGACGCAAGCAGCGUGCUAGAGCUUUCAGAAGAAGAGAGCUAUUCUACACACCAUGAAGAAGAGAACAUGGAUGUAUCCAAUGUGCAGGUAGAGGGUGUGCAGAGCGUAGAGCAGAAAGAGACUCUGGGGAAGGACUGCUUCGCCAGUCUAAUUGAGCAAAUAAACGCACAAAGCGGGCGCGGAUUUGCAAUGCUGACAAGCUUCUCAGAGAGGAAAAAAAGGCCAACUAAGAAACAAAAAAGAGUGAACACGUCAAUAGAAGCCUGCAACAGCAUUCUCAAUAGAAUGGGGUCAUACAUUCCUCCUAUGGAUGAUGAAACUGUCGUUCAGGUUUCAAAAAAACAGAAAAUAGAUGAGAAAUGCGAAAACUGGGAAGAUUCAGUGGGCGCGAGCAAAAGAAACCAGCCAAAUAUUAUAUAG